CGGAAAAGCUAGCUGUGUUGGGAAUGUUAACGGUAGCAGAAGUCUGGGUAUGGCGGCAGCAAUACCUCUGAUAUCAUAUUUGGCGGUUGGAAUGAUAGUGAAACUUACGGUAAACUUUGUACCUGAGGUUUGUUUGGCCAAGCAAUCUCGUGGUGUAAUCAGAGAUAUAAUCUAUUCGAAUGGUUACGACAGAGAUGAGAUACCUGUGGGUGUUAUUGAGAUGAUUGAUUAUAAAGGUGAGCCUUUUAUCACAUCUCAGGAUAGUGACGAUGCACCUGAUCAUGCUUUGAAUAAAAAAUCGAAGUAUGAGAUACUAGGAGCGACUGAACUACGAUGCGAUUGUAAAAGGUGCUGUGGGAUAGGAAUACCUAUAUGUGUUGCUAAAUCUGAUUCGGUACAUAGUUUACAAGGUAUGACUAUUGGUCAAACGAAGGCAAUCAAACGUAUGGUAAUGAAGUGGAGCACAAAGGCUGAAUCAUUAUGGCCAAACAUACUUUACGUAGGCGGUAGUAGAGUCCAGAAGGAGAACGAAAUACUGCUCGCUCACCCUAUAGCGGAGUCAGACUUAAAGAAAGUGGCUACAACACCGACUUGGAAACUACAAGAUGCUACACUUAAAAAUAUCGUCACUAAAGCAGACAAACAAUUAGACGAGCGUCGUAUACACCAUAAUAAAAUGAAUCCUGAUUUACCUGAGUGGGGCUCUAAAGAACACUUUGUUCUCACUUUGGCUAGAUUUGUUCAAAGAGCUCGCGAACGUCUACAGCCUAACGGUGCUAUCGCACACAUAGAGGAUAAGGCUAAACUCGAGAUUGAAGCUUGUUUGGAUGAGUGGGCUACUAGAUUAGAGUAA